ACCAGGAGCACCGGGAAGGAGCCCGGCAGAAGCUUAGCCUUUCUGGAGACAGAGAAGUGAGGAUUUCCGGGGCGGAAGUGGGGAGUCCCACGAACUAAAAUGCGGGGAUCCCUGGUGCCUAAAGGCACCAGAGCAGAGAAAUCAGGUGUGUGCCCGACGCUAAAGGCUUACGAGAAUUGCACGCAGGAGUGCCUCUCGGAUGGGGAAUGCGCGGACAACCUCAAAUGCUGCAAGGCCGGCUGCGCCAACGUCUGCCAGAUGCCCAAUGAAAAGAAGGGUUCCUGCCCUCAGGUGGACAUCGCCUUCCCCCAGCUCGGCCUCUGCCUGGACCAGUGCCAGGUGGACAGCCAGUGUCCUGGCCUGUUGAAAUGCUGUCUCAAUGGUUGCGGGAAGGUGUCCUGUGUCACACCAGUCUUCUGAGCUCCAGCCACCACAGCCAGAGGAGUGGGGGAGUGGAAGUGUCUGCCUGGCCCUGUCUGGCUCCAGCCCAGCUGCCCUCCUCCCUUCCUGGCCUCUGAGCUCCCUCCUGAGCUGCCACAGCUGCUUCUUUUCCAAACAAUAAAGUGACUGCUUCCAGCA